CGGGCCCUCCGGCAGAACCGCCCCACGGAGGCGGAGCCGCGCAGGACUCGGAGGAGCCGCCGCUGCCGGAACCGCAGCCGCCCGCGUCGUGGACAUGGAGGACUUUCACCCCCACAACGACGAGAUGAUCUUCAAUGCUGACGAGGCCCACAACAUAGUUAAGGAUUGCAUAGAAAGUGUUUUAGGCAAAGCAGAUUACAAUCAGAACAAAGUCAACCAGUGGACUGCAGCUAUAGUGGAACAAUCACUGACACAUUUGGUAAAGCUGGGAAAAACGUAUAAGUACAUUGUAACCUGCGCAGUGAUGCAGAGAAGCGGAGCUGGUCUCCACACAGCAAGCUCGUGCUUCUGGGAUACCACGACUGAUGGGACCUGCACAGUGAGAUGGGAAAACCGAACCAUGAACUGCAUUGUCAACGUGUUUGCUGUUGCUAUUAUCCUGUAGCUGGCUGGAAGAGAAAUAGAAGCGACACCGCAGCCUAUAAAAAUAAUGUUCCGAACACAUGGUUAAAUAUUUCAAAUAGUCAUAUAUAUAUAUAUAUAAUCUCUAUACAUUUUUUUUUUUCUGUAAAAGGUGGUAUAGCAGACAGUUCUCUAGAGAAGGCGUACAGUCUAAGGCAGUUCUCAUAGAUUAAUUAUUUGGAAUUGCGCAAAAAAAGAAUGAGAGAAUGCGAGAUUUCAUAAUUUAAAUAUUCAGAAGGGUGUUAAUGAGAAGAUGCCACAGAGAUCAAUAGAAUUUACAUCAAAGCUAAUAUCAAAGACACUUUAUUCAAGAGGAACAUAUCUAAUCAAAGAAAAAAGGUGAAAGGGCAAGCAAGACCUCUCAGGAUUCUGGUGCCUUUGGGAACAAAUUAUGGAUGCAAUUCAGAGCGCACGUACUGUAAACAGUAUCAAGUGCUUCAUGUUUGAUUAAAUAGCCGACUUUCUUAUUGAAUGCUGGUGCCUUUGAAAUUGCAUGAACUUCACUCUUCAGUCGAGCUUGAACUACAUUGAGAUUGGAUCCAUACAAGCUUUCCUCCUUGAGGCAUAGGACGACUUCACUAGGGCAAGGGUGCAAUAUACCUGGGCCUAACAAGAAUACUAAUUUUUCUUCAGAGUGAAGAAUAUUGUGUUUGUUGUCAAUUCAAUGAAUCAAACAUUAGCGUUGAAUUCAUAAUUUGUCCUUCCUAAAGCAUUCUGAAGGUUAUUGCAUUUUAUUUUAUUCCCUGACUUCGUAAUCUUUGACACGCACUUUAUUGAGUCCUCCUGCAAUGCAAGACUAGCCGGGAGUGAGGGCGGUAAGAGUUGGCCCUCAUUUCCCCUAAUGGGACUUUUUUGUUCAGAGAGAAGGCACACACAUUUCUAGAGGCUCUUGUUACCUUUGGAACUAUUUAUCUUAAAGCAACAUAUAUAUAUAGAAGUAUUUCCUAUAUUCUCUAAAUCUAGAAUUCAAUCCUAUUUAAAAAAAUGGUUAUAUUUUAAGCACUUAGAAUUCCCAUCCUAUCAAGAUUUAUGCGAGUUCUUAGGUUUGCUCAUCUGAUGAGUCUUAACUUGAAUUAUUCCACAUGGAAGAAAAGCAUUUGCACAAGUAUUUGCUAGACUGGGGCCUACAUUUUUGUUUAUUAAUGCACAAUGUAUGUGAUCAAUAUGUAUCGAUACCAAAAAUGCCUGAACGACAGCUGCCACUAAGUGGCAGCUACAUUAAGUUGUUUUAUAAGAUGCUGCUUAAGGAUAGAGUUUUUUCUUCAUUACUGCAUGUCUUUGGAAGAGACUGGUAACUACCUAACAGCUACUGUAAGGCUGUCCUGCGGUUCUAACAAAUGAGUAUUAAAGCACUGUUAUGCAGUUUUGUUUGGUUUUCUGAUAACUAUUAGGACAUAUAGCAAGUGACCUGUACAAAGAGUAAGCUAAAAAUCGUGUCGUUGCUUAAACUGUGUAUUCAUGUAGCUGCUGUGAGACUGCAUACAAAUGGAACGUGUAAUUCACGCUGCUGUUGAAAAGCUCUUGCUUUGCAAACAAAUAGAGUUCUGCUUUUACCUGA